GCGCACCCCCUCGCCGGUCCCCAGCACGCCGAGCUCCCGCCCGGGGCAGCGCGUCUCCGAGACUACCGGGCCCCGUCCACUGGUCAGUCCCAUCCGUGAGUCAGUGCGUCCGCUCUCGGGAGCCAUGCCGUUCCUCGGACAGGACUGGCGGUCCCCGGGCCAGAGCUGGGUGAAGACUGCGGACGGCUGGAAGCGCUUCCUGGAUGAGAAGAGUGGCAGCUUCGUGAGCGACCUGGGCAGUUACUGCAACAAGGAGGUCUACAAUAAGGAGAAUCUUUUCAACAGCCUCAACUAUGACGUCGCAGCCAAGAAGAGGAAGAAGGACAUAAUGAACUGUAAAACCAAGACUCACUAUUUCCACCAAGAAAAAUGGAUCUAUGUUCACAAAGGAAGCACAAAAGAGCGCCAUGGAUAUUGCACUUUGGGGGAAGCUUUCAACCGGCUGGAUUUCUCCACGGCCAUCCUGGAUUCCAGAAGAUUCAACUACGUAGUUCGGCUGUUAGAACUGAUAGCGAAGUCUCAGCUCACCUCCCUGAGUGGCAUCGCCCAAAAGAACUUCAUGAACAUUUUGGAAAAAGUGGUAUUAAAAGUCCUUGAAGACCAGCAAAACAUCCGGCUCAUAAGAGAACUACUGCAGACUCUCUACACGUCUCUCUGCACGCUGGUCCAGAGAGUUGGCAAGUCUGUGCUGGUUGGGAACAUCAACAUGUGGGUGUAUCGGAUGGAGACGAUUCUCCACUGGCAGCAGCAGCUGAACAACAUCCAGAUCACACGGCCUGCCUUCAAAGGCCUCACCUUCACCGACCUGCCCUUGUGUUUACAACUGAACAUCAUGCAGAGGCUCAGUGACGGCCGGGAUCUGGUGAGCCUGGGCCAGGCGGCCCCGGACCUGCACACGCUCAGCGAGGACCGGCAGCUGUGGAAGAGGCUGUGCCAGUACCACUUCUCCGAGCGGCAGAUUCGCAAGCGACUAAUCUUGUCUGACAAAGGGCAGCUGGACUGGAAGAAGAUGUAUUUUAAACUUAUCCGGUGUUAUCCAAGGAAGGAGCAGUACGGGGACACCCUUCAACUCUGCAGACAUUGCCACAUCCUUUCCUGGAAGGGCACCGACCAUCCAUGCACGGCCAAUAACCCUGAGAGCUGCUCCGUCUCGCUCUCACCCCAGGACUUUAUCAACUUGUUCAAGUUCUGACUCCAGAAGGUUCCUUGCUGAUUGGAUAGUUGGAAGUCCGGAGUUCGGAUGCUUCGUUUGUAAAUAGUGUACAUUU